AAACAUCUAUUUAUGACUGAAUCCGAUAAUCUUGUACACUGCUUCGUAUUUUUUAUUUUCCCUUGGUGAAAAUGUCUUUACUAUCAACUAAAGCAUUUUCUUUUCUUAAAAAUGCAGUGACUUCUCCCUACAUUCGAGCAUUAUCAGUAACUAGUAAAUUAAAUAUAAAAGAACUACGUGAAUACAAAGAGGGAAAUAAAUUAAUUAUUGAAGGUGUGAGCUUGCCGUCACCGAGAUCAGAAUUGAUAGUAAGAGCAGAGAAGAUUCCAGAUUUAGUACCGACCAAAGACAGUGAAAAUUCCUUGUGUUACUUGUGUAAAUUAGAUCUGGAUGUUAAGCACACAGAUGUUCUGAUACUAAGCCAGUUCGUUCGCAGUGAUGGAUGUAUGUUACCGCGUCGAAUUACUGGGUUGUGUCGUAUGCAGCAGAAAAAAGUAGGCAGAAUGGUUACAAUGGCUCAAAAAGCAGGUCUUUUGAUUAACCUUACACCAUCUUUUUGUAAAAAAGACCCGAAAAAGAGGUAUGGUUACAAGAAGUUUAAUACAUACUAUGAUGAGAAGACCAUUUUUUGGAAGAGAAUUCCAAACCAAAAUGACAGGUUUAAGCGUUGAGUAUAGAAAUUAUUGUAUGUAAGAGAUAUUUAGUUAAUUAGGAAAUAAACCAUAUAGAAAAUAUUAAAAUGUAUGUAAUGUACCAGCCUAAAAUAAAAUGUUUGAGGUAAUCAGUCAAUCAAUACCAAGGUCAGGUAUUUGCAUAUGGGUAUAAAAUAGAUUUUACAUGUAGCACAAUUAACAUUUACUUGGUUGGUGAAGUCAUAAUGAUAAAACUGGCAAGUCAAAGAUCAGAAAGUAAACAUUGUCUCAGUUCAGAGGUGAUUAUCCCUUACAGACAUCUCAGCCAUAAAGGGUAUUCCCACUUUAUUGUGGUAACUAAAAGCAUUAACUAUAUUAAAUAUUAUUUGUUGGUGAAUAAAUAAAAAAACAAAUUUUAGACAA